AUGUGGAAUCAGUUACAAGAUUUAGAAGGUUCACAAAUGGAAAACACUAAUAGAAACGUAACUUCAAGCGGUCAUGGAAAGUACCGAAGUUUUAUUUAUAUAUUUUUAACAUUGAUAAUAUGCUUCGGUUUGAUCAUUUCAUAUUUUGCCUUAAGUGAAGAACCUGAAGAUUUCGAGCUAAACUGCAAUGAUUUAAAUACUAAAUGCGUAGACUAUAAAUAUCCACAUUUUAAGCCUAGCCGAUUAGCAAUUGUUGAUGUUCAUCCUGAUAAUAAUAAUGUUAUCUUGAGAAGUAAUAUGCCCUUAUUUAAUGGUGUAUUCUCGGAGGAAAUGCUUAGAAAAGAAAUUAAACGUGUUAUGGAAAACGCAAACUUAGUAUAUGAUGAUAAAAUGAGUCUUAAUAUCAUAUCCUUUUUAAGAAACACUUCAUAUGAGGGUUGUUGUUAUACUAUUGAAAGAUGCAGUGUAAAAAAUGACAUGAUCACGAAUUAUCUUAUAUUAGGAACUAGUAUAAACCCAUACGAAGUUGAUCCUAAAAUUCGAGAUAAAGAACUAGCCACAUUAAACUGGGACAGUGAUAACUUAAUAGAAAGAGUAACGGAGUUAAACAAUAAAUUUAAUCGUGUGAAAAAUACAAUUUUUCUCGUUCAUUGUAGACAUGGUAGAGAUAGAACUGGGGAAUUUGUUGCAGCAUAUAGAAUGCUUAUAAAAAAAGAUAAAUUUAUUGAUGCUAUAAAAGCAAAUGAGCAAAUGGGUAUAGGUCGUACCAAUAUUUAUGUUGAAAUGGAAAAAUGGUUAUGUUUAUAUUUGGAAAAGGUUAUGGGAUAUCCAGACGUAGGAUGCUUUGAUCUUAAAUAUGAUAAACAACAACAUAAAAAAAAGUGA